AUGUCCGGUUAUCAAGUCCCAACAGCCCGAGUAACUUCUUCAGAACGACGGGGUUUCGAAGUAUCUAUAGAUGAUGAGCCGGGAAUUUCACUGUUCGCGUUUCACGGCAGACUGAACGAACCAAUUGUUGAUCUGGUGAAUCAUACCUGGGCGGCGGAUAUCAUUGGCAAGGAUAAAGAUGGCCGAUGGACGUACAUUGGAGAUGUGGAGCUACAGGACGGAGAUGUGCUUUACUAUUGGACAACAGUGCGGCAUAAUGGCCGAGACUAUCACCGGAUGAACCAGAGUGCUGGCUUUUGAAAAAACAUGGAUUCAAAGGAAUAUUGUUGUGGAUAUUCCGUUUUUAGUUUUUUAUAAUAAACUAAGCGGCUUGCAAAAACA